AUGAGUCAGUGUAAUCUGAAUUCUCUAAAUCACUCCCCAGAUGUCCCUCAUCUUCUUUCUUUUUCUCUCUCUACAACUCCACCUCUCUCCUCCUCCUCCUCCGCCUCCGCCUCCACCGCCCGCCACCUCCACGCCACGACCUCAUCAUGUCCUCUCGAUUUUGACGUCCUUUGCCGACUCAUUCAAUCCUCAAAUCGUCCAAAACUCGACUCCGAUUCCGUCUCUUGUCACUACAUCAAGGCCGGUCUCCGACUUGUUCAGUCCGAUUAUCUCCAAACCACUAACAAUUUUCUUCCUCCGAUUGACUCCGCCAAGUCUUGUUGGGUUUCAUACCAAACCCUAAUUAACGAUUUCUUCCCCAAUUUCAAUGAUAUUCACAAAAUCUGUGAUUUCCAGACCUCCUGGAUUGCCGAGGGUUGUAUGAACAUCACUACUCGUGAUGAAUUCGAAGGCAAUGUCUCGAAAUCGGCGUUAGACGAUGCCGUAAAGGCGUGUAAUCAAUCUCUUGGUAACGGUUUACCGUGCGCUUCUUGCACCACCAGUCUCUCGAGCCUCCAGCCUUCGAAUUUGAACGGCCGAUCAAUUGGAAACCUCUCUGAUUGCAUGGCGUACCCUUCGAUUUACGCCGCGACGUUUAUUAAUCGUUUCAGCCCAACUGAUGAAGGUACUGCCAAUUGUCUGUUUGGUUUUGAUGUUUCUGAUUUGAGCAAUUCGAAUGGUAAAGUUAGAACAAUUGUGAUUUGUGUAGUUGUGAUAGGUUGUGGGUUUGUUUUGUUUCUGGGUUGUGGUAGGUUUUGGAUUUUACGGCGAAAAUGCGAGAAAAUUAGGGAGAGAAGUAAGGUUGAUCAUGAGAGAGAAACUAAUUUAGCUUUUGGAAUGAAUUCAAUCAAUGAAAGUACUACUUUAGUUAGGUACACAUUUGAUGAAAUUAGGGAAGCAACAAAGAAUUUCUCUAGGUUGAACAUAAUUGGGAGAAGUGUGUAUGGGAAUGUAUACAAAGGGGUAUUGCCGGAUGGCUCUGAAGUUGCGUUAAAGCGGUUCAAGAAUUGCUCGGUGGGAGGUGAUGCGGUUUUCGCCCACGAGGUUGAGGUCAUUGCGAGCGUUCGACAUGUGAAUCUCGUGGCUUUGAGAGGGUAUUGUAUUGCUACUACUCCUCUAAAAGGCCAAGAGAGGAUAAUUGUGUGUGAUUUGAUGAGGAAUGGUAGCCUUCAUGACCACCUAUUCGGAUUUGAGGAGACAUUUUUGAAGAUUUAUGAGAGAGAGAGAGAGAGAGAGAGAGAUGGUAAUGGAGUUAGCAGUCACAAAAUGAAGGCAAAGGAAACUACCCACCAUUUUCUCAAAAAAUACACUGUUCCGGACAUAGAUGGGUUGAGGACACUUGAGGGCAUUAUAGACAUUUUAAUGUUUAGCUUUAAUGACAUCAACUUUUUCUGUGAAAUAAAUAAACGAAAGUCAACAAAAGGGGGAAUCUUGACAUUGUCAGGUAAAGUAGGGGAGGUUAUUGUAAUUAUUCAAACUACAGAGGAGGUCCCUGCUCUACCACACCCACCAAAAGACUUCCGUAAGUCCUUCUUCCCUAGCAAGGAUCUUAAGAAGUUGCUGGAUCUGCCAGUCCACAAGCGGAGAGCUCCUUUACUGCUCAACUUCAUCCCGACCUACAAGUCGGUGCUUCCCGACGUCCUAAGGAAGUAG